UAUAUAUGGUGACUAGUCCAAAGAAUUCUGUGUUCACAGUGAACAUACUUGCCAAGACUUGCUCUUGUUUGCAGUGGCAGUUGAGGGGGUUCCCCUGUAUGCAUGCAGUGAGUGCAUUGCAUAGCAUAAGGCCACAAUGGAGAAAGUACUGCAGUGAUUACUAUUCAGUGGAGAACUAUAAGGCCACAUAUGCACCAACUUUUGCACCACUAGAUGAUAAAAGUGAAUGGGUCCAGCCAAACAUGAACAAGAAGAUCUUGAACCCUCCUCACAGUAGGAAACCAGGAAGACCCAAGAGCAAGAGGGUAAGAAGUUAUGAUGAACCUCGUGUUGAGAAGACAAAAAGGAGGUGUGGGAAAUGUGGAAAUGUUACUAACCACAACAAAAGAACAUGUGCUGGUGGUGAAGUGGGAUCUAAUCCAACUGCAAAGAGGCAAAGGACUGAAUGUGAUGCACAAAGCUUCACCUUCAGAAACAUAGAGCCAAGUCAGACCACCGGAGUUAGGGGUGCAGCUAAGUCAAACAAGAAGAAGAGAACGACAUCAUUUGUUGGUGAAUGUUUUACAGGGCCUGGCAGUCAGCCUUUGGCAACACCAUCUUCUACUCCAGCUUCCACAACACCUAUGAGUCUGCCAUCUAUAGCACCAUCUUCUACUCCACCCUCUACAAUAAAUAACCUUUAUCAGAACUUCUUUGGCAUUGGAUCUGUAUCUCAGAAUAUAAAACAAGGAAAGGGAAGGGGAAAUGGAAAGGCUAAGAAGAAAUGAUUUGAGAUCCGUUUUCUGAUUUUUUGUGUUUAAGAAGACAAUAUUUUUUUCUUUUGUAGACUUGAAUUAAUGCUGAAUCAAAAG